AUGAACAUCAUGACGACAACCCACGUGAGGCCGGACGGUCCGCAGUUCGGCCCGUCCAGGGAAAAAUGCGGCCCCGUUGCCGCCCUUUCAGGCCCCUCACGGCCCCUUCGCGGCCCCGUCGCCGCCCUUCCGCGGCCCCGUCGCCGCCCUUUCAGCGGCCCCGUCGCCAACCUGCGGCCCUACGGCCCCGUCGCCUACCUGCGGCCCUACGGCCCCGUCGCCUACCUGCGGCCCUACGGCCCCGUCGCCUACCUGCGGCCCCGGCCCCGUCGCCUUCCUGCGGCCCCGGCCCCGUCGCCUACCUGCGGCCCUAUGGCCCCGUCGCCUACCUGCGGCCCUACGGCCCCGUCGCCUACAUGCGGCCCUACGGCCCCGUCGCCUUCUUGCGGCCCCGGCCCCGUCGCCUACCUGCGGCCCUACGGCCCCGUCGCCUACCUGCGGCCCUACGGCCCCGUCGCCUACCUGCGGCCCCGGCCCCGUCGCCUUCUUGCGGCCCCGGCCCCCCCCGUCGUCACUUGCGGCCCCGCCACCUGCGGCCCCGUCGCCACCUACGGCCCCGUCGCCCACUUCGGCCCCGAUGCCACCUGCGGCCCCACCCACUUGCGGCCCCGACCCCGCCGCGGCCAUGCCCCGUCGCCAGCCGCGGCACACCGGGGGCACGUGCACCGCCCCCCCCCCCCUUUUCCCGUCACCCGUCGCGGCUCCUGA